AUGAUAGAAGAGAUCAUUCUAAUAGCUAGAGUUCUAUGGGGCAUCUGGUUUUUCCGAAACAAGAAAGUCUGGGAGAAUAAAACGGUGAAUGAUAUGGUAGCAAUGGAAUGGAGUGCAAAGUACUUUGCUGAUUGGAGAAUGGCGAAGGAGUCCAGGAUUGCAAGCUCCUCCAGUAGGAGACCCAACAUUCUAGCUGAUGUUUGUAUAUGGAAAGCACCAGCUGUGGGUCAUCUUAAGCUCAACACGGAUGCAGCAAUCAAGCUAGGAGAGAGUACUUUUACAGUGGGUCUCAUAUUGCGUGAUCACAUAGGAGAUUUUGUAGGCGGCAAGGUGAGGAGUCUGCCGAUGGUUAGCUCAGUUUUUGAGGCAGAGAUCACUGCUAUCAAGGAAGGCCUCCAGUGGUUAUCUACUCUACCUUACCAGCAUGUCACUAUCGAGUAUCGAGUCUGA